GAAGGAUCUUCUUUGGAAUAUUUUUUGCACAUAUUUUCGAAUAUUAUUUGAGUUUCUCAACAACAACAUUGAUUUGCAAUUAUCAAUUAUAAUGUUUUAUUUUUAUAUCUAUUAUCAUACUAUUGUCAUAAUAGUUUAGUUUAUGUAUAACAAUGUAUAACACGAAUAUCUACCACACAGUAAAUGAAAUUUAUCUUGGAUGAAAACGUAUUACAUAGUUUUUGUUUAAAAAUUCAAAAGACUUCAAAGAUUUUGAUUGAAAAAUUUUCGCUAACAUUAUAUUUCAAUUAUCGAGAUCAAUAUUUUAAAGUAAUCACAGUCAUUGAUUUCCAACACAAUUGAUUGAUUGAGCCUUAGACACUGCUAUUAUUUUCUUAUCUACGAAGUAAUAAUAUCAUACUUUAAAAACGAUAUCUUAAUACAUACCUGUACAAUGAAAAUUGCACGUUUUCAUCGAUACGGAAUGUUGAAUUAAUUAUAAAUGUAAAUAAUUUGAGUGUACAUGGAACAAAUUUCAAUAAUUCCUAUUUUCUAUGGUUCUAUAAAAAAGAGCUUAGACGAAACUUUUUAUCGAAACAGUUUUAUCAACAGUGUGCUGCCACAUUGAUUGCAAUAGAUUUCCUGAAUAGUUUUCCUGUUUCAAAAAUUCGUAAAUCUAAAUAUGUUACAGAAAAAUAACGAACAAGAAUAUAACGCAUUCGAUAUUGCAUAUUAUAAAACGCUCAAAUUAUAUUUAACGAUCUGUGGAAUAAAUCCGUAUCAAAAUAAUAAUAUUAGUAUAAUUAUAAUAAUCAUGAUAAUCUCCGUUUGCAUGAGCUUUCUUUGUCCAACGUCUAUACAAUUAUGGGAGGCUAUAAGUAAUAAGGAUUUCGAUAACAUCAUUCAGAAUAUACCUCAAGUAAUUACAGUAAUUAUCAGCAUGAUAAAAAUAUUAAACAUCUAUUCUAACAAAAUGCAGUUUAAAAAAUUAUUUUACUCUUUGGCGCAAGAUUGGAAAUCAUUAGAAUCAAAAGAAGAAUUAAUCAUGCUAGACAAAUUUACUCAAUAUGGUAGUAAACUUGCACUCCUGUACAGGAAAAGUUUAUUAACUUUUCUCGUAAUAUUUCUCUCUCUUCCUUUAUGUAAUCCCAUUCUGGAUAUUAUUUUACCGUUAAAUGAAACCCGACCACGACAAAAUAUAUUUAAUGUUAAUUACAUAAUUCUAGACAAUUAUGAAUAUUUUUAUAUUGUGUAUGUGCAUUUAUCUUGUUCUGCGGCUAUUAUUGUGAUAAUAAUAAUCUCAGUAGAUUCGUUAUACAUUUCUAUUAUUUACCAUGCUUGUGGAUUGUUUGCAGCAUGUGGAUAUCAGAUUCAAAAAUUAACAAAAAUUCAUACCAUUGAAAAAAAUGGACCUAACAUAAGCAGCAUUGAAUACGAAGAAUUCAAACAAUGCGUGAUAAUGCAUUAUAAAUGUCUUCAACUUUACGAUGUACUCGAGAAGUGUUGUAGAAAUUUAUAUUUGAUCCAGAUGGGAUUAAAUAUAAUGAUUAUUAGCGUGACGUGUGUUGAAAUAGUUGUAUUUUUAGAUCGACCUGAAGAAGCUAUCAGGGCUAUUAUUUACGUUAUGGCUCAACAAUUUCAUUUAUAUGCUAUUAGUCUACCUGGAGAAAUGUUACUCAAUCAAAGCUCAAAAUUGGCUGAUAAAAUAUAUGAUUCUGAAUGGUACAAAAUACCAAUGAAAGUUCAAAAAGUGCUUCAUAUAAUGCAAAUUAGAUCCAAUAAACCAUGUAUAUUAACAGCAGCGGGAUUAUACGAAAUGAAAAUUGAAAGUUUCGGAAUAACAAUUAAAACAUGUAUGUCAUAUUUCAUGAUGUUUUUAUCAUUAAGAGAGUAAUUUUCAUUACUCAUACAUACGAAAAUAUGUAUUCAUAUGUUCUAAUAUUAUAAUUUAUCAACAAUUUGAUAUUUCGCUUCCUAAUUGUAAAAGCGAUUUUAUUAUAUAUGUAAAUGAAAUUCUUACUACUAUAAAAAAAUUAUUUAAUCGAUAUCAAUUAUAUUUAUACUACAUAUGUGUUAAUAUUAAUUUCAUGCACAUUACUUAAGUUACUUAUGUAUCCUCAAUAAAUAGAUGUUAUUCUAAUUAAGAUUGAUAUGUUAUAAAGAAUAAUAUUAGAAAUUCAUAUAUCUAU